UCCAGCGGCCUGGAACAUUUGUAAUCCGACGUUAGAAGUCAGCGGAUCGUGGCAAAAAAAAAAAAAAAAAGAAAUAGAAAUAAAUAGAAGUGUCCCAAGAAGAUACACUGAUUCCUGACUUUCUGGACUUCGCGUGUGUGUCUGUGUGUCCGAAGAUUUGGAGUUACUGUUAGUUGACACUAAUACGAGAGCGAGUGAGAAAUACGAGAAAUUCAAGAAAAAACCGAACGUGAAUCGCGAGUGCUAAAAAAAAGUUAAAUCGAGAAAAACCCCCCGAAAGUAUAAUCCCAACCAGAACUGCAGUCUUGGUCCAAAAUGGUGCGGUUAAGUGCAGCCUGGAGCUGCUUUUUGGCCCUGAUUGCGAUUGCUGCUGCUGCGGCUGCCUCAUCGUCGAAUUAUCCGGGAGUCAUCGAACUGGUGGGCUAUAGCAAUCGCCGGGCACGCACCUACUUCCAGGAGACGCCCCGCUCCAAUCCGAAUCCCCCAGCCGGCCUGACCUCCUCGGCCAAAACCAGGGCCGACAUAGAGACCGUUAAGAGGAAUAUACGGAAAUACGAUCGCUUGCUGGAGCUGGAUACGAAAAAUCUGCCCGAGCAGCAAAAGGAUAUGCUGGCCAGGAUUGUGGAGCGUGUGGCCAGGCUGAAGGAGUCGCUGGAUAUUGAGGAGCAGCAGUUUAACCAACAGGAGGCAACUUCCUCCAGGAGCAGCAGUUCAUCCAGUACAUCGACGCCCCAGGAAACACAAACGGAGGCGGAAACGGAGCCCUUCGAGCAGAGCACCCAACCACCCACCGGAUCCACCGAGGCCGAAACGGAUCCCACUCUCAUCCUGGACGAAACCACUCUGCUCGAGCUGCAGAAUACGAUGAACGAGCAGGCGGCGAUGAGCACGAUGAUGAAGGAACUGCCCACCACCACGGAUGUGAGUCAGCAGCAGCAGCAGGAAGCGGAUGCUGCGGAUGCAGAAUCGGAAUCGGAGGCCACCGAAGAGGGCGAGACCACUUCACCAAAUCUAACCACCCAAUCGGAGGCGGCGACUACCAGCGAUGAAUCCCUGACCGAUUCCACCGAUCCCGAUGAUCAGUUCGUGGCCGCCAGAUCGAAUAACAAUAUAGCGGCCAUAACGGCGGCCGAUGAUGCCGAUGGCAGCACCACCACAACCACCGCGAAUUCGGGCAGUCAGCAGCGCACUUUGACCACGAUGGGAAAGCUGAAGAACCGGGCCACCAAGCGACCCUUUGCCCACAAGGUCACGGCCGCUCUGAAGCGCGGAGGUCAGCGUCCGAGUAGCGUGAGUGCAGCGGCUGCCAAUGCGGCUGCGGCCUCGAAACCAAGUAGCAGCAGCAGCACCACCGCCUCAGCCAGCAGCACCACCCAAAAGCAAAAAGUAGCCAGUACUAACUUCCAGCAGAAGCAGCAGCAAUCGAAGCCGCUGCAAAAGGUGACUCCCUCGAUUGGAUCAUCAUCAUCCAGUGCUCCUUCCUCAUCGAUUCCCUCGGCCACCACGAACUCAGCUGCUCCAGCUUUGCCCAUCGAACAGCUGUAUACUCGCACUCCUCAGGCCAAUAUUCCACUGGCAGCAGCGGCGGCAGCAGCAGCGGCAGGAUCUGCAGGAUCUGCGGGAUCGGGAGCCACGCCAGCCACCUACAGCAGCAACCAGCAGGACAGCAUGGUCUACGAUGCCCAUGUCAAUGCAUCUGCCUUGAUCGACAGCCUCAACACAAACGCUCGCGAGGAGUACUACCAACAGAAACUGGGAGCGGCCAACAAGGAUAAUAAGAAAACGGCGACAGCGAAACCAACGAAAUAUCAUUAUUAUCCGCACAAUCAGCACAUCUAUCUGCUGCCCGAGUGCGCCAUUCAGCAAGUCUGCAAUGCUGUCUACGUGAGACUCAACUACACCCAACCACUGUGCGCCUGUCCAUCAAGAUAUCGUGAUCCCUGCUCGGCCAGUCUGAAUGAAGAUGAUCAGCAUACCACAAAAUUGGUUGGCGAUAAUAAGAAGAAGGCCAUUAUUUCAGCAUUGGCCAAAAGCUCACCCAGAUUUUGGUUCGCGCUCCAAAACACACGAACCGGCAAAUCCCACUACCUGGUCAUCUGCCGCUGUCCCGAUCACUUCAAGAUGGAGGGACCCAUGGCCCAUGACCAGCCCACCUAUGCCAGUGUGCCCGGCAUUCGAGUGUUCGGCAUGAUGUGUGUGAAGCCGGGCUACUCGGUGAGGAAGCCCAGCAACCAGCCGCCCAAGAGGUACCAACUGCAGAAGCCCUUCUAUCGCCCCUCCGUGGGAACCACUUUGGGCGGUGGUGGAGGUGUCGGCGGUGGUCAGAAGGAUAGCUACGGCAGACCGAUCUAUGGCGGUGGCAGCUCCUCGGGCAGCUCGGCCAUCAGUUCGAACUACCAGCCGCAGGAUCAGAGCUUCCAGAGCGGCGGCAGCAGCUCGUAUCAGUACCUCAACCGACCGGAGAGCAGUGGAAACAGUCACAGCUCCGCCAACUUCCGACCGGAUCAGUUCUCGAUCAACAAUUUCCCGGGCAGCAACUAUGGACGCAACAACGAGAGGCGUGGCGAUUUGCCGCCCAUCGAGGCUAUUUCGAGUGGAUCGGGAACCGGGGGAACCGAGGAGCAGCCGGGCAGCAGUACUCCGGCGGUUGAGGAGGAGGCGGCGGCCAGGACAACUCUGCAGGCGGAACAGGAAGCGGCGGCGGCGGAACCGGUGGCUCCAGUUGCGGCGGAGCUGACCACCACGGCGGCGGAGGAGGAUGGGGCUACCGAGAGCCGUGCCCGGCGAUCCCUGGCCGAAACGGACGACUACGAGCCGGAAUUCCCGUGGGAUCGCGUCCUCGAGUUCCAGCAGAGCAUCAUUUGGGACUGAGUUCC